AUGUGCCGACCGUGUUUAUAUAAAGCCUGGCGACGGCUUGAGCGCACAGUUUCGCAGCGCAGGCAGCAGACCCGUGGCAACAUGUCCCCAGUCACAUCGGCCUUCUGCUACAUCGGAGUGAUCGCCGCAGUUGGCGCGAUACAGUCGACCGGGCAGGAGAUCAGUAGGCAGCCGCGUUUGUUCCACCUCGACGACUACGAUCGGUGUCUGUCGAAGCAGGAUGGGCUCUACUGUCUCGGCACCUUCCGUCUCACCGCCGAGAGUCCCAACUCCUUGUACGAAGCCCUUAAGAACCACUCCGGCCCUCACAGCUUCGAUCGCACGCUGCUGCACCGAGGCUACUGCGUCAGCGCGCGCUGCCCAUCAUCGGAGGCCAAUGCGACGCUACGCUUCGAGCGCUGCGUUCGGCAGCGCGCCAGGGCUCUCUCCCUCAACUCGACCCUGAGCAGCCUGAAGUACUGCCGCGCCUUUGGCCAAGAAUCGGCGCCAGAUGACGCGUGGCCAUACCGCGCCUUCCUCGCAGCGAUCGGCGCUCUGUUGCUGUUGAAUUUCGCCGGAACAAUCUACGAUGUAUCGGCAGGGGAAAAAGGCAAGAAUAAGAUCCUCACAAGUUGGUCGAUGAAAGCCAAUUGGCAAAAGCUCACGGCGUCUUACGACAGCUGUGAUCCUAGUAGAUCAGUUCUGUCGCCUAUACGAGGAGCGAGAGUUUUUCUGCUCGUGACGGUGGUAAUGAGUCACGCGAUUGAGAUGACCUAUAAAUCGCACAUUGCCAAUCCGGAAUUCUUGGAGACUGCUCAGCGUCAUCCCAUGUCGAUGAUCCUUCGUAACGGCUCCUCGGUUGUCCAGACGUUUACUGUGAUCUCCAAUUUCCUUCUCGCAUUCAUCCUACUCCGCUUUGCCAGCAAGAAGAAACUCGGCCUGUCCAUGCUACCCGCGUUAAUAAUGUACAGGGUCGUCAGAAUAUCCCCCGUGCAUCUACUGGUAGUCGGCUUUGCGGCAACUUGGUGGCGUCUGGCCGGGGACGGUCCAUUGUGGUCGGCCCUGGUGACUGCGGAAAGUGACAUCUGUCGCAGAAAGUUCUGGUCGCAUUUGCUGUUCUUGAAUAACCUGAUCGAGCCCCAGAAGCAGUGCAUGCUGCAGACGUGGUUCCUUGCAGUCGAUCUGCAGCUCUACAUAGUCGCCUGCUUCGUUACCCUUUCGUUGGUCAACAAUCUGCGACGUGCCAUCUUCGUCAUAGGCGGCAUGUUCAUCGUGUCUUGCCUCCUCAAUGUCGGCUUGGCAUACGUCUAUCAUUGGAAAUCUCUUCUGUACCUCUUGUCCCCGGAAAACCUGCGUACGACUUUCGAAGGUGUGUCUUCAUUCUCGUACUUCUAUAUUUCGCCGUGGGGCAGCCUCCCCGCCUGCUUCCUGGGCCUGUUCGCUGCCCACCUGCAGCUGUAUGUCAAGGAGCAGGGAUAUGACGUAACGAAAACUAAGUGGCUGGUGCAGCUUUACCACGUGUCGCUACCGCUUUGCGUCGCGUGGUUGCUGACGGGGUACGUGAUGACGUCACUGACCACGCGCGGCUCCUUCGCGGCGUACAUCGGCUUCGAGCGUCCCAUCAUCUCGGCAAUCGCCGCGCUCCUGCUCUACGGUGCUGCCAACAACCUUGAUAAUUGCUUCCGUCGCUUGUUUUCUUGGCACGGCUGGCAGCUGCCGGCGCGUCUCUCCCUCUCAGUGAUGAUGGUGCACCGCGUGAUCAACAUGCAGCUGGUGGCGACGCGGACGGCGGCCGUUCGGACCUCUGUCGCCUCCAUCGUUCUUGAUGGGGCGGUGACGACAUUCUUAUCGUACCUGCUGGCGGUGCCGCUAACUCUGCUGGUGGAGAUGCCGGUGCAGCGCACUUUCACGGCUCUGUUCACU